AUGCUUGCUGCCAGUAAAACGAAAGGCUGUGAAAAAAUCAAGGAUUGGACGAAAGGUGUAUGCAAUCACAUAUAUUGGUGUUCAACAGACACCGCGGAAAGUUUUAAGAGCCUGAUUCUUGCAAAGUGGAAGUCCUUAAUGCAGCACAUAGCAAACAAGCAUGAGGACCAUCCCGACCAUCUUUUUCCAAAAUGUGCUCAUGGUGAGAUUGAGAAGAGAAAAUGGAUCAAAGUUGGUACAAAAGCAUAUGACAAACUGCAGGGCAUUCUUAUGAAGAAAACUGUGUUAAAUGACAUACAGCAAUUGUCCCCAGAUGCACAGACCAGUGCUCUUAAAGGGUUCCAUUCUACCUUAAACCAAUGGCACCCAAAAAUGCUUUGUUUUUCAUGGUUUGGAACAUAUUGUAGACAUAUCCUAGCAAGUUUACAUUUCAAUGAGAAUAUUAAUCGGAAAAGUCAAACAUCAAAAGAUGGAAAUGCCUAUGUCGAUGUCACAUACCCCAAAUUCAAGCUGGGUGAUGAAGUUGUCAGAGAAGUGAAAGUGCCACCAACAUAUGAAUAUGUUACUUGCAUCAAAGAAGUUCUACUCACUUUGAGCAAGGCAGACCUGACCAAAAUAAGAAAUAAAUAUUUGGCAAAGGUUCCAGCAGCACUCAACACACAAUUUGCAGACAGAAAAUCAAAGGUUGAUGCUGUGCAAGAUCAUGAGAAAAGAAAACAGCAAGUUGUUGAACUUUAUCCAUCAGCCCAAGAGCAAGCAACAUGUAAAAGGAAACUUGAAGAGGCUGAGGCUGGAAGGCUAGCACAACCACCUGCAAAGUGGUCAUUGUCCAAACUAUCCCAGGUACAUACCAGCACUGUACCCUGGAGCUUUGAUACAAAUAUAAGCAUGUAG